CACGCAAACAGAUAUCCUUUAACUCAAUCUCCCUCACUAGAUUGACGAUCUCAAACAGCAUAAAAUGCCAGGGGCGGUGUAUGCAACACCAGAGUGGUAUCUCAAGGCCCAGGAUCAAGACGUGAGCAGUGACAUAGGCCGGCUGACCAUUUAUCACCUCGGUUUCAAACAGGCGACAAAUGGGACACUCAUAUUCCCGCCGAUUGACUUUUCAACUCAGCCUCGGGCUAUACUUGAUGUCGGGACUGCGGAUGGACUUUGGAUGCGGGAUGUCCGGUCUUCAAUUCCCGAGCCAGCUCAAUGCGAACAUACUUUCACCGGCACGGAUAUCAAUAAUUCUUUCUUCCCAACUACGACUACGGAUGGCAUCAGAUAUGUGAAGCAAGAUAUCAAGGAUGACACACCGGAAUCUUGGCAGGAAUCUUUUGAUCUUAUCAACAUGCGCAUGAUUCUCAUCGCCGCUGGCUCUGGUGCCGCCCAACGCGCUGCCGUCACGGAACACAUCAAACGGCUCAAACCAGGUGGUUGGAUCCAAAUUGGUGACUGCGAUCGUAUCUGCCCAACCCCAGAAUACGAGAAUCCGAGGUAUCACGAUAUGUUUGCGUGCAUCAGAGCUGUUUGUAAAGCAUCAGGCUUAGAUCCUCUCGAAGCGCCCAAGAUGAAGCCUUGGUUGGUUGAAGCCGGGCUCGAAGAUGUACGAGAAAUUACGGCGAUGAGAGCUGUUGGUAAGAGGAAUCUUGAUAAGGAGUUAGGGAGGUUAGGGGUUGAAGCAGAUUUGAUCAUUGCGAAGGGGUUUGCGGCGGGUGCGAAAGGUGAGUCCAGAUAACAUCUUGGAGAUAUCUAUUAAUUGUGACAGCUUUGAGCCCUUCUUUGAAGCCGUUGCCGGAUGAGAGGUUGGAUAGCCUUGUGCGAGAUCUAGAGACAGAGUUGAAAGAUACAGGAGCUUACUUUCCCAUGCGCUUCAUUUGGGGCAGAAAACCAAUGUCAAGAUGAAGUCGAUGCAAGGACACAAACAUUUCUACUAGCAACAGAAACUUACGUUGUUUCUCUUUAGUGGCGACCAAUAGCCUCUCUCUCAGCUAGCCAGUAUUAAGACUCUACAAGAGCCGCAUAGAACAGGAAAAAUACGUCAGCCAAUUAUUACAGAAAUUAGUUAAGGUUUUAUAGAUAAUUCAAUGAGCUAAGCUCGAGG